AUGCCUAGCCAUAUCAAGUUUGCAGAGCCGACCUCGAAUAAAGCCAAUAAAGACCGCGCUAGGGGGCGCAACCAAGAAAAGGGGCCGGCACAGAGAGCACCUUCUCCAGGAAGUGAAAUCGUUUACCCGACAGGAUGGAGACUGGUGCUCACCACCACAGGACUUUUGAUUGGCUUUUUCCUCUCUAAUUUGGAUGUCACAAUUGUAAGCUCGGCUCUCACGAGUAUCACAGAUGACCUGGAAGGCUUCGAGAAGAGAAGCUGGAUUAUUACUGGAUAUCUGGCCACCUACACAGGGUCUAUGGCAAUGUGGACGAAAAUCAGCGAUAUAGUUGGCAGGAAACAAACCACAAUCGCUUCUCUUGUUAUUCUGCUCGCGUUUUCCAUUGGGUGUGGGUGUGCUCAUACAGUCAAUCAACUCAUAAUACUUCGAGCACUCCAAGGAAUUGGAGGCGCCGGUGCAUACGCAUUGACAAUUCUAUGCAUCUACGAGAUAGCUCCUAAAACGAAGCUUCCAACCUACAGCAGUCUCAUGUCAUUCUGCCUUGUUUUUGCAUCUUUGAUAGGCCCAAUAAUUGGGGGUGCUCUUGCAGAAGGCUCAGCCUGGCGGUGGACCUUCCUUGUCAAUGCACCGCUGUGCGUUAUUGCGAUCGUUGCUAUCAUCGUUGCGAUGCCCAAAAACUUUGGCCUUGAUCAGCACACUCCUUCAUUUCGAACACGAGCCUCAUAUCGCUCAUUUGCUAAUCUGGAUAUAAUGGGAUCGCUGUUGAUGAUGGCUGGCUCAUUUUUAAUAGUCGCUGUCUUGAACGAAACCAACCUGGCAUUCUCAUGGUCAUCAAGAGACGCGAUUGCGCUCCUUGUGCUCACUGGACUUUCCUGGAUUGCUUUCUUUACCUGGGAAUGGUACAUCUCUGGCAUACCGGGCAAAGACCCCAUAUUUCCCAAGCGUUGGCUUUUUGAUCGUCCGUGGAUAGGAAUUCUUAUCUCUUCGUUUGUCAUCGGCGCACCUUACAACGUCGUUCUGGUAUAUGUUCCACAGCAAGCCCAGCUUCUGUUAGACAAGUCACCUUUGGAUGCCGGUAUCUAUUUGAUUGGGUAUUCCGCUAUUGCGGCAAUUGCAGCGGCGAUUGUCAAUAUUGCCAGCUCUAGGGGACGCAUCCCGUUUAUUUAUACUCUGCUCGUGGGCUGUACAGUCCACACUGUCGGCAUUGGGCUUCUCUCGACCAUUGCCACCUCUAGAGGCUUCCACGCAACAGAUAUUGGUUAUCUAGUCAUUGCUGGAACAGGAAUGGGUUUGACAAUGGGCAUCUUGGUACUAUCAACACCAUACAUAGUCGAGGACAGAGACCUGGGUAUGUGUUCUCCCGGGAAACUUCCUGAUAUUAAGGUGGCUGGUACACUAACUGGCCCUUCGCUUUUUGUUGCAGCAAUUGCCACUGGCACCGUGGUCCAACUCCGUUUUCUUGGCGGUGCUAUUGGUCUUGCCAUUGCAUCUAAUAUAUUAAAUGGCCGUCUAGCGCAGCGUUUGCAGGGUGUUAUGACGUCGCACGAACUGCAUCUAUUCCUUGAGAACGUGAGAACGAUAAAAACUCUACCUGCCCAUCUACAGGCCGAUGUGAAGAAUGUUUUCGCCAGCAGUUUCAAUACGCAGCUCAUGGUCAUGAUCGGAUUUGCGGCUGCUCAGCUACCGGCGACUUUACUACUACUAAAGGCAGGCCGGCAGCUUGCGGCCAACAAACACUCGAGUACGGCUUCAGGAUGA